UCCACUGAAGCACAGUUCACUAUGAUCUUACUCACAUUCAGCACUGGAAGACGGUUGGAUUUCGUGCAUCAUUCGGGGGUAUUUUUCUUGCAAACCUUGCUUUGGAUUUUAUGUGCUACCGUCUGCGGAACGGAGCAGUAUUUCAAUGUGGAGGUUUGGUUACAAAAGUACGGCUACCUUCCACCAACUGACCCCAGAAUGUCGGUGCUGCGCUCUGCGGAGACCAUGCAGGCCGCCUUAGCUGCCAUGCAGCAGUUCUACGGCAUUAACAUGACGGGAAAAGUGGACAGAAACACAAUUGACUGGAUGAAGAAGCCUCGAUGUGGCGUACCUGACCAGACAAGAGGUAGCUCCAAAUUUAAUAUUCGCCGAAAGCGAUAUGCAUUAACAGGACAGAAGUGGCAGCACAAACACAUCACUUACAGUAUAAAGAACGUCACUCCAAAAGUAGGAGACCCUGAAACCCGGAAAGCUAUUCGCCGUGCCUUUGAUGUGUGGCAGAAUGUGACUCCUCUGACAUUUGAAGAAGUUCCUUACAGUGAAUUAGAAAACGGCAAACGCGAUGUGGAUAUAACCAUCAUUUUCGCAUCUGGGUUUCAUGGAGACAGUUCUCCCUUUGAUGGAGAGGGAGGGUUUUUGGCACAUGCCUACUUCCCUGGACCAGGAAUUGGGGGAGAUACUCAUUUUGACUCAGAUGAGCCAUGGACACUAGGAAAUCCUAAUCAUGAUGGAAAUGACUUAUUUCUUGUAGCAGUUCAUGAACUGGGACAUGCUCUGGGAUUAGAGCAUUCCAAUGACCCCACUGCCAUCAUGGCCCCAUUUUACCAGUACAUGGAAACUGACAACUUCAAGCUACCUAAUGAUGAUUUGCAAGGCAUCCAGAAGAUUUAUGGUCCACCUGACAAGAUUCCUCCACCAACAAGACCUCUACCGACAGUGCCCCCACACCGGUCCAUUCCUCCGGCUGACCCGAGAAAGAAUGACAGGCCCAAACCUCCCAGGCCUCCCACUGGCAGACCUUCCUAUCCUGGAGCCAAACCCAACAUCUGCGAUGGGGACUUUAACACUCUAGCUAUUCUUCGCCGUGAGAUGUUUGUUUUCAAGGACCAGUGGUUUUGGCGAGUAAGAAACAACAGGGUGAUGGAUGGAUACCCCAUGCAAAUUACUUACUUCUGGCGGGGCUUGCCUCCUAGUAUUGAUGCAGUUUAUGAAAACAGUGAUGGGAAUUUUGUCUUCUUUAAAGGUAACAAAUAUUGGGUGUUUAAGGACACAACUCUGCAACCCGGUUAUCCUCAUGACUUGAUUACUCUUGGAAGUGGAAUUCCCCCGCAUGGUAUUGAUUCAGCCAUUUGGUGGGAAGACGUUGGGAAAACCUAUUUCUUCAAGGGGGACAGGUAUUGGAGAUAUAGUGAAGAAAUGAAGACCAUGGAUCCUGGCUAUCCCAAACCAAUCACUGUCUGGAAAGGUAUCCCUGAAUCUCCUCAAGGAGCCUUUGUGCACAAAGAAAAUGGCUUUACAUAUUUCUACAAAGGAAAGGAGUACUGGAAAUUCAACAACCAGAUACUCAAAGUAGAACCUGGAUAUCCCAGAUCCAUCCUCAAGGAUUUUAUGGGCUGUGAUGGACCAACAGACAGAGAGAAAGAAGGACACAGCCCGCCAGAUGAUGUAGACAUUGUCAUCAAACUGGACAACACAGCCAGCACUGUGAAAGCCAUAGCUAUUGUCAUUCCCUGCAUCUUGGCCUUAUGUCUCCUUGUAUUGGUUUACACUGUGUUCCAGUUCAAGAGGAAAGGAACACCCCGCCACAUACUGUACUGUAAACGCUCUAUGCAAGAGUGGGUGUGA